UUUGUUUCAAUUAACAUUUCCCCUUCUAGUUUAGAUUUUCAUCCUACCGGAAGAUGGUCAAUUUAUACAAAUUUCCCUUCCUGUCGUAGGGUACUUAAGAGAUAUAAAAAAUUUUAAGUGCCUGUGUUAAUAGCAAAAAUAAUAUUCAUACUAAUAGCGUGACCUCCUCUAGAAGUUAUCAGUUCGAUUUAAAGACUUUUUUGUCUUAUAUCAAUAUUUAUUUUUCGUUAUACGUUGAAUAUGCUUCAUAAUCGGUGGACGAAGUACCAUACAAAAUGACGACCUGCAGUGUUCUACAGUAUGUAGCGAAAAUUAUAACAAUACAUACGAGUAUUUUAAUAAGUAGUUCUACUUGUGGCGCGUAUGAUCAUAGCAGCUACACUAGGCUACCACGCAGCAUCAGCUGUUCUCUUCCACAACACCCACAAUUCGGUAAUUGGACCAUCUACAACUCCCCUUCGCAGUUGUCUCCUGGUACGUCGGUACCAGAACAAACAGUCCUAGAAAUAAGUUGUCAGGAGAGUUACAGAAUAGACGGUGAAGACUUCACCACUUGUAUCCGGGGGACAUGGAAACCCAAAAUUGGACAGUGCUUACGGACCUGCCCCACGAUAAAUACCACCUUGGCAAUGAGAGUGACUUGCAGACGUAACCACCAAACACUAGACUCUUGUGCUAACGUUUUUGAUAGCACAGUUGCGUACUUUCAAUGUGCUGACUAUUUCGAGUUCCAGACUUCGGACGAAGAACAGACGCGAUGGUGCUCGAACGGAAACUGGGUUGGGAGUUUACCCAUGUGCGUACCUAUUUGCGGCCAAUCAUCGCCUAUAGCAGAUCCUACAUUAAUUAUUGGAGGAAAGAAAGCAGAAAGAGGUAAAUACCCAUGGCAGGUCGCUUUAUAUGACGCUCAGAGCAAAACUUUACUUUGUGGAGGAACUCUAUUAAAUCAAAGAGUCGUCUUAACAGCGGCACAUUGCGUUACAAACGCUGAAGCUCAUCUAGAAUCAACAGAAAAAUAUAUAGUGGCAGCUGGAAAAUAUUUUCUAUCUUACAGUCAUCCCGACGAUGCCAACCACACACAGUUUUCUUCUGUAUUUGAAAUGUUUAUUCCGUAUCAGUAUAGAGGACCCGCUCGACAUUAUGCUGGAGACAUUGCCCUUGUAGUUACGAGUAAAAUCUUUAAUCUUACUAUCAACGUUAGACCCAUAUGUAUUAUAUGGCAGACGACACGUUAUAAAGAGCUAUUAGAUCCUACUAGAACGAAACGUGCUUAUGUCAGCGGUUGGGGUUUCACUCGAGAGUUCACAGAUCGUCCUGAUGUUCUUAACGACUUGGAAGUUCCCCUGAUUAGCGAUCAAAUGUGCAUGGAUGAACUACCCGAUGAAGAUACUGAAUAUGUGACUGACGAUAAGUUCUGUGCUGGCUUUUUAAAUUCUAGUACUUCCGUGUGUAAAGGCGACAGUGGUGGAGGCCUGGUAAUAAAACGCGACAAACGUUACUACAUCAUUGGAAUUGUGAGUAUUUCACCUCGAGGAGCCACACAACAUGGUGGCUGCAACAGCCAACUGUACACUCUUUACACUAAAUUUUCCUCCUACAUUGAAGACUUCGUAAUGGAGAAUGAAGCCAAAUUUAGGCCUCGUUUUGAUUGUCGAGUUAUUUCUGACUGUAACAACAUUGUACUGAGUACAGAGUCGCCAUCAACAAGAGUGAUCGUUACAAAUUCGUCUAACGGUAAUGGCUGCAUUUUACCGAAUCAUCCAGAAUUUGGCAAAUGGCUCGUUAAUGGAUCAGAAAGACUUCAACCUGGAAUGUCAGUAGCAACAGAAACCCGACUAAACGUACAAUGCGACGAGCAUUUUAAAUUAGAUGGUGGACGGGUAGUAAUUUGUAAGGACGGAAAGUGGUCGAGGGAUGUUGGACGAUGUCUGGUCGCAGAAGUCUGUCCAGCAAUAGUUAGCACACCACGUAUGCAAGUCACAUGUACCUACAAAGGCAAAGAAAGGAAAAACUGUAUUAGAGCCGUGGAAGGCACUCAAGCCAAGUUUCAGUGUGCCAACUUUUACGAAGACGUGCAGUUGAAAAUUAGACCCCCUCAGUUCUGCAUCAAUGGGGAGUGGAAUCAACCAAAUCCUCAGUGUGAACCAGUAUGUGGGAGAAGGCCAACCAGAAAUUCAACUAUUGGUGUGUCUAACGUUACCUCUGAAGAUUAUCCAUGGCAUGUAUCUAUAUCUUUGUACAAUCAGCAAUAUUCUGUAUGCAAUGGAAUUCUUUUAAGUCAAAGAGUGAUACUCACAGCUGUGGAUUGUCUGAGGUAUCCAGACGAUUUGAUACCCAAAGAAAAUGUCAGCGUAGCUGUAGGAAAGAAUUAUGGUGAAUUUGACGACGCCAGGGACACGGAGGCACAAUUUUCUCAAGUGAACGAAAUCUUUAUACCCUUUGACUAUGAAGUCGGGACUGCAAAUAUUGCUGUUUUAAUUACAAAAAAAACGUUUGUGUUGUCUCGGAAUGUCGUGCCGGUAUGUUUAGACGUCGGCCAAAAUUACAAAUUUUUAGAAAAUCAAUUUUUUUAUAUCAGCAGUUGGGGUUAUGACGAUGUUUUAAAAGAACGAAAAAUUCAGGUGUCUUUUAAAAAUGCAUUAAAUUUUGAAGGACAUUCAAGGGACACAAUCUGCUUAUUCGAUGACAAGAUGGGGAUAAACUACCUUGGUAGUGGUCUUGUGUACGAAUUCAAUGACAAGUACUACGUAGCUGGGAUUAUGGAUAUUCCCAUAGUCGGGCAUUUUGACACGUUUCCACAAUAUGCCAAUAUUUCGAAAUAUAUGAGUUCCUUUAUUUUACCAAAAUUAUCUACAACUGAAACGUAUCUCGUCAUUUAUAACCACCGGAAUUCCCGUUUUAGAUAUCUGGUAAUAAGUAUAAACAGACAACCGAGCUCGACCUUUUUUGCUUCAGUUAUCAAUUUAGUGCGAAUUUUGUCGUAUAUCAUUAUGCGUAUCCAAAUCGAUAACGGUGUGAUGGUUGCCAUAAUUGGUUUAUGCAUUUUGGUUCAUUGCACCGACAGCAAAACCAGAACACCACGACUCUCCCCUAACAAUAGCUGUGUUCUGCCACCACAUCCACAAUUUGGCCGAUGGACCAUUUACGAAGCCACCGCUCAGCUAUCCCCUGGAAGCCACGUACCGCCCCGUACUACUUUAGAACUAAGCUGCCAAAAAAACUACAAAAUAGUGGGCGACGAUACCGUUACCUGCAUUCGUGGAAAGUGGAAAUCCGAAAUUGGAGAAUGUUUACGGACGUGUCCUAAAAUCAGCAGCACUUCAGUGAUGAAUGUAAAUUGCAGCCGCAACGGAAAACAGUUGGACUCUUGUGAAAAUCCUUUCGUCGGAACCGUAGCUCGAGUUAGCUGUGCUAGUUAUUACGAAGAGCAGCCUGCGGGACGAGGACCAAUCCAGUGUAUUGACGGGAUUUGGAAUCGGAGUAUUCCGAAGUGCAUUCCAAUAUGCGGCGAAUCUUCACACGAAAAUAACCCUACAUUAAUUGUGGGCGGAGCUAAAGCAGAGCGGGGACAGUACCCUUGGCAAGCCGCUUUGUACAAAGCACAGGAUAAAAGUCUACUUUGUGGUGGAACUCUACUAAAUCAAAGAGUCGUGGUCACAGCAGCACAUUGCGUAACAAAUUCCGAAGCUCAAGUACAACCAAAAGACAACUAUGUCGUUGCAGUUGGAAAAUAUUUUCGACAGUACGACCAUUCUGGCGAUGCAAAAACGGCACAGUUUUCUUCUAUACUUGAAAUCUUCGUUCCGUAUCAGUACAAAGCACAAGCGCGCCAUUAUUCCGCAGACAUCGCUGUCAUAAUAACAGAGAAAAAGUUCGAUCUGUCUGAUAGCGUGGGACCUGUGUGUGUCAUGUGGAACCCAAGACGCCACCAAAUGUUGGUAGAUCCUACCAUAGCAAAGCGUGCCUAUGUUAGUGGUUGGGGCUACACCUCCGAGCAAAAAAAUCCUUCUGAUGUUCUCAAACAUUUAAAAGUGCCCAUUAUCACUAACGAAAGGUGCUUAGGAAGCUUGGACCCCGACGACGUGAAAUACAUGACCGACGAUAAAUUGUGUGCUGGUUUUUUAAAUUCUAGUGCUUCUGCUUGCAGUGGAGACAGUGGCGGAGGUCUCGUGUCUAAAUACAAAGGGCGUUUUUAUAUCGUUGGAAUUGUAAGUAUUUCGCCGAAGGCCCACCAUGCUGUAGGUGGAUGUGACAGUCAGCAAUAUACCCUGUAUACGAGAUUUUCCGCCUAUAUGGAGAACUUCGUACUGGACAAAGAGGCACGAUUUAGACCUCGUUUUGGGUGUACAAACGAGUCCGACUGUGACAGUAACGAUUUACUAACUAGUAGCAAGCGUUGUACCCUACCGAACCACCCCGAAUUUGGUAAAUGGAGUGUUUCUGGGCCAGGAAAGGCCUUUCAGCCUGGAAUGUCAGUAGCAGCAGGAACCGUUUUGACAAUACAGUGUAACGAGAAUUUUGCACUGGAUACUCCAAACACAAUAUUUUGCUGCAAUAAGAACGGGUCAUACCAUUUAGGGAACUGUUUGAAAAUGUGUCCAGUGAUAGUGGGUACAGAAAGCAUGCAAGUCACAUGUAGCUAUAAAGGCGAAGAAAGAAAAAAUUGUACUGGAGCUGUGGAAGGUACUGUCGCCAGGUUUCGGUGUGUUAACUUUUACGAAAAUGUGGGUUCGGAUAGGGAAUUGGUUCACGUAUGUGUCAAUGGGUCCUGGGACCAGUCACCUCCUGUGUGCGUACCAUCAGCAUGUGGCAAAAAAUCAUCGUCGAAUACAAAUCAAGUGACCAACAUAUCUGACGUCAUAGCUUCGUCAGAUUAUCCAUGGCAUGCAACGAUAUACAAUGUACAAAAAACGCCUGAGUUUGUCUGCAGUGGAUCGCUUUUAAGUCCGAAACUCGUUUUAACAGUUGCAAUUUGUGUCACUGACGCUAAAGGAAAAACAAAAUCUAAAGAAAAUUAUGAAGUGGCUGUUGGAAAAAUAUACAACAAUUCUACCGACAAUAGAGACGCUCAAUUUUCUAGGGUGCACAAAAUUCUUCUAGCUAGCGAAAACGUUGGUGAUAGUUAUAGUGGCAACAUUGUAAUUCUAGUUACAACAAAAACUUUCGUUCUAUCGACCAGCGUCUUCCCUGUAUGUAUAGAUCUCCACCAAAGAUACAUUUUUUCAGAAAAUAAGUAUGGAUUUGUGAGUGCUUUUGGUUCAAUAGGAGCUUCUAAUUAUACGAAAGUCUUGAAAGAACAGAAAAUAUAUUCUCCUUCUCGCUCUAUAUGUCAACACUGUCUGAUUGACAGUUUUCGUCGUUAUUUUUUAACAAAUGACAAAAUGUGUGCUUCGUGUCCCAGUAGAGGAAAUGGGUGCAUCGUCGACAUUGGUAGUGGUUUGGUGUAUAACCACCAUGGACGGUAUUACGUCACUGGUAUUCAGACUGCUUUAGUAACAAAUUAUUUUGCAACAAAAUGGUGCAAUAUUUCCCGUUUUGUGGUGUACACAGAGAUCUCCCAUUCUUUAAAUUUCUUAAAUUUAACACUAAAUGAAUACCAAACAUGAUAUUUUUAAAUAAGGUAAUAAUUAUGUUAUCAAUUAUAUAUGUAUUAUGUGAUUACACCAAAUGUUCGGUCAUUUUUUAU